AUGUCUCAGGAUGAUUUUUACAAUAUAAGCGCUCUUCAGAAAGCGUAUUUUGUGAAUAGAAAGAAAAACGCGGACGGAGAGCAAAUGUCUUUUUUGAAAGCAAACUAUUUCCUCUACACGAAGGAAAACUCUGGAAAAAUUUUCUACAAGGAAGGCUUAUUGGCAAAAGAAGAUUUCAAAGUCUGGGAUAUAACAAAGAAGAAAAAAGGACAGCCAGAUGAGACACAACUCGUUUUGGAAAGGCUACAUAAUUCGUACCCGUUGCCUCUUCCAAAAAAAAAAUUGGACGACAUUAAUACGUUAAUACAAUAUAUACACCCAAAUUGUCGGCUUUUUUAUGCUAAUCUCAAAUCAGAAGAAACAGCUGCCGAUGAAGAUGUAUGUCCGACAGCUAUUUUACAAUAUGAUGAAUAA